AUGGGGUCCUUUCAUGACACCCACCUGAGGGGAGGGUACUGGUGGGAGUCAGGUGACAGUGGAUGCAGACAGGUGGGUUCUGGAUGCUUCCGGGAGCUGAUCGUGCCUUCAUCCUCCUCACAGGAGAAUCAUAAGCUGAGGGAUCAGAAUGACGACUUGAAUGGGCAGAUCUUGAGCCUCAGCCUCUACGAAGCAAAGAACCUCUUUGCCACCCAGACCAAAGCACAGUCCUUGGCUUCGGAAAUCGACACGGCCUCACGCGAUGAGCUCAUGGAAGCCCUCAAGGAGCAGGAGGAGAUCAACUUCCGGCUGCGGCAGUACAUGGACAAGAUCAUCCUCGCCAUCCUGGACCAUAACCCCUCCAUCCUCGAGAUCAAACACUGA